UCCCCAUUUCUAGGCUUCGUCUUUUUGUUUAAAAAAAUUUGGGAAAAUCUUCAAAAAGUAAUAGAAAGCAAAGUCGAAGUUAAGGUAAAGGGUUCCUCUUUCUCUGUUCGAUUUCCCAGAUCAGAGUGGAAAUCGGUGUUUUUCUUGACGUGGGUCAGUCGAAGUUAAGCUUUUUAUUGAGCAGCGUUAAUGGCGGGUUACAGAGCAGAUGACGACUACGACUACCUUUUCAAGGUGGUUCUGAUCGGUGAUUCGGGUGUGGGCAAGUCCAAUUUGCUCUCGCGGUUCACCAGGAACGAGUUUAGCCUCGAAUCCAAAUCCACGAUCGGCGUCGAGUUCGCGACUCGGAGCUUGACUGUUGAUGGGAAGAUCAUCAAGGCCCAGAUUUGGGAUACUGCUGGCCAGGAAAGGUACCGGGCCAUUACAAGCGCUUAUUACCGAGGAGCUGUAGGAGCGCUUCUCGUCUAUGACGUAACCCGACACUCCACUUUCGAAAACGUGGAGAGAUGGCUGAGGGAACUCAGGGACCAUACCGACCCGAACAUUGUAGUGAUGCUUGUUGGCAACAAAUCCGAUCUCCGCCACCUCGUAGCUGUCCAGACGGAAGACGGGAAAUCGUUCGCCGAGAAUGAAUCUCUCUACUUCAUGGAGACCUCGGCCCUUGAAUCCACGAACGUCGAGAACGCAUUUUCGGAAGUUCUGACGCAGAUUUACGGUAUCGUGAGCAAGAAGGCGAUGGAAGCAAGUGACGAGAAGGAGAAUGUUCCUUCCAAAGGAGAGAAGAUUGAUGUGAGUAAAGAUGUUUCUGCUGUUAAGAAAGGUGGCUGCUGCUCCAAUUAGGGUUCUACAUUAUAAAAUUCUUUGCUUUAUAUAUAUAUAUAUAUUGUAGGAAGAUGAAUGGUGAUGUUAUUGAUCAGAUCAAGAUGGAAUCGAUGGAACCCAUUUAGUUGAUCUCAUCUUAGUAUAUUGUAUUUCGGUAUGAUCUGAUAUGGUACCGGUUAAGUUCGGUUUUAACCGGUUAAGUGGAUUCUCUUGUCAAUUUACAUUCCCAAUUUACAUUCUCAAGAGUAUUUUCCAAUGUGUUA